AUGCCUGUCGUCAAACUUCCAUCGUGGAAAGAUCUGCCACCCGUAGAGGGCAUGCCACAUGGCUGCGCCUGGGGCUUAUUUGACGAGGAUGGCGUGCGGGACGAGAUAGGCACGUUGAACCUCCUUACGCCCGAGACUGUGGUCAAGGCGAGAGAAGAGAUUCAGACUGGCAAGAGUGUCGUGCUGAACUGGCCCAUUGACCACGUUCAUGAACCCGGAUUUGGCCGCAUCAAGCCAACAAUAAACAUCACCGACUGGCGGGCCCAAGGCUCUCCUUGGUAUUCGUACGACGAUGAGAUUAGCAUCAACACUCAGUCUGGGAGUCAAUGGGAUGGUCUAAGACACUGGGGUCACAGUGGUACUGGAUUGUACUAUAAUCGCGUACACCAUGACGAGCUUUUGAAAACAGACCAUAUCGGGAUUGACCACUGGAGCAAGCGCGGAGGCAUCGUUGGUAGAGGCGUCUUCCUUGAUUAUGUUGGCUACGCAGCUCGCCACAACAUUAAAUAUGACGCCAUGACCCGGCACCGCAUUACUCUGGACGUGUUGAAGGACAUUGCCAGGGAAGAAAACGUCGUCUUCCGUCCCGGCGACAUCCUGCUCGUCCGCUCGGGCUGGAUACAAUGGUACAAUGCACACAGCCCGGAAGAGCGAGUGGCCAAAGUCAAGAAUGGAUCGGAAUACGUGGGCGUGGACGGGUCGCAGGAGGUCGUCGAGUGGAUCUGGGAUUCUCACUUUGCUGCCGUUGGUGGUGAUGCCAUCGGCUUCGAAGCAUGGCCACCGCAACUGCCUUGGUGUCUGCACGACUUUACCCUUGCGCUCUGGGGAAUGCCGCUGGGGGAGCUGUGGGACUUGGAGGCGUUGGCGGCCGAGUGUGAGAAACAUCAAAGAUGGAGCUUCUUCAUGACCAGCGCUCCCCUGAAUACACCAGGGGGGAUUGCCAGCCCUCCUAAUGCGAUAGCCGUAUUUUAG